CAAUGCCGAACUGUGGUUUCCAUCUUGUCGCCCGUCAAGGAGUAUAACAAUAACUAGGCCAGGUUGAAGCUUAUCUACCGGAAGUCGAGCAAGCAGACAGCAAGUGCAAAAACCCGAAGCGCGUCGAGGUCAGGCAUGUCGAUCAGGCGGCAUGAACGCCCCAGCUCUACGCUUGUUUGAUGCAUCUUCAGUGAAGAUUCUUCCCAUACACUGAAGCCUUCCACUGCAGUCAUUCUCCAAUUUUCCACGCGUCAAUAAGAACAAUGCUGGAUGCUAUCACCGACGUGCAGACCUUCGGUCUGACCGCUUCUAUUCUCUACGUCAAGUUCCUUGCCACGUCCAUGAUGCAGGCUCGUAAGUCGUUCGCGGCCAACACGCGCAUGACUGAGGACAAGCAGCUCGUGUGUGCCAUGGGUUUGUCGAUAACAUGGACGAGAAGCAGCUCAAGGUCGCGCUGGACAACGAGACCCGCUGGCGGCGCAUCGUGCAGAACGAUCUCGAGUCCAUUCCGCUGGCCUUCUUGGUCUUCUGGGGUGCUAUCCAGAACGGCGUCAGCCCGGAUCUCACCAAGACGCUCAUGAUCGUGUACACCGCUGCUCGCUUCGGCCACACUAUCGCCUACGGAUCGGGUGCAGCCAAGUCUCGCAUGGCCUGCUGGAUGUCCGGCACCGCUUGCAUCCUCACGGCUGCCGCUAACAUCGCCAUGAACGUUUUCGCGUAAGAAGACGCAAGUAUUCUGCUAGGAACUAUCUGUAACCAUCGGUAAUCAACAUUGUUGAUAACACACAA